AUGUUGGGUCAAUUUAUUGGAUCUCAAAAACUUCCAUAUAAGAAUGUCGCAGUACAAUUGUCGAAAUCAUGCUUUGGUUUAACAUUGAUAAAGUCUAAAAGGAUAACACCUAUUAGCACUUCCAGAUACGAAAAGCAUUAUUCAACUACAUCUGUAAAAUAUGCUAUUGAAUCUGAAUUAGAUAGCCUAGUGCAUUCCAGGAACUCCAAUACUAUCAUUAAGCAAUCAGAUGUUCUUCCUGAGAAUAUUUGGAGAAAUUACUUGAAAAAUAAUGAGAUCGAUAAGUUUACAUUGCAUCUACUAGCUAGUUUACGAGGUGACGAUGAUUUUGUGAAAAAUCUAUUUAAAUCUGGUGACUUAACGUAUAAUGAAUUAUCAAUUUUUAUUAAUAGAAUCUAUAAGAGUAAUGGGCAUGAUAUUAAAAGAGUAAUUCAGAACCAUCAUAGUUUAUCUUAUACCGAAUUGAUAUAUGAGAUAUUUGAACUCUAUACAUCGACAAUCCCUAAGGAGUCAGGAAUAAUUAAAUUGAAUGCUUUACAUCUAAAAGAUUUAAACUUAUUUAUUACGAUAUUCAUAAAGGAAGCUCAACUUUCGAAAGCCCAGAAUGUUUUACAAUACAUUAUCGAUGCCGAAGGCUCAAUUGAAAAAAUCACUGAUCAUGAUACAAUGGUGAAUUUCCUUAGGUUACGAUGCGGUGGUCUACCUAAAUUUUGGUUGGUUCCACAGGCAUCUUAUGCAGUGACUAAGCAAACCAAAAAGAAUUCUAGAUUGAGUUCAAAUUCCCCAAAUACAAGAUUCCCAUCUUCUUAUAAGUCUACAGUACCGAAUACUGUUUUGUUUGAAGUUAUUAAUAUGAUUCUGAAUAAGAAAGUCUGGAAAUCUAAGCAUUCAGGUAUAUUGGAUAGCACUAUUGUAUAUUCAUUAGCACAUACCUUUCAAAAACAAAUGAUGGAUGGUUUCAUCAAAGAACAUUGGGGGAUAUCUUCCCAUGGAGAUCCAUUAGAUUUAUUUAUUAAAAAGAAAAAGGUUGCUUCUGCUCCAUCAAAUGAAAUUUUAAUAGCAAUAAUGUCUUCAUACAUAUAUAAGGAUCGAAAUAUUGAUGGGGCUAUGAAAAUUUUAGAUAAAUUCAUUAGAAUGUACCCAGAUAUUUCAUUAGAUAACAUGUUUUGGCGAAGAUUAAUCCAAUGGUGUAACAGAUUAUGGGAUCCUAAAAUUGAUAGACAAGGGACCUUCGGAUAUGGUUGUUGGAAUAUGAUGAAAAAUUGGAAUGGUGCAGGUACCGGAAAAGAUGUGGUUUUACCAUAUGAUUUUCAGAUCUACGAAGAAUUUUAUAGACUUUUCAAAAGAACAAAUAAUGGUAAAAUUGCCGCUGAAAUCGUUUCAAAUGUUCUUAUUCCUCAUUUGUCAGAGAAGAAUGUGGCCGUAAAGAAAGCGGAGCUUAAUUUACUGAACAAGUACCAAACAUUAGCCAUGAACUGGCUGAUUGAAAGGCGCCAGUUUAAGAAAGCAGCAUUCUUUAUAGAGGAAUGGUCAAUCGAUAGAAAUAAUAGGAUUCAAUUGAGAGAGGCCUUCAAAAAGAGAAAGCAGUUAAUGCUAAGAAAAUUGUCUACAAGGGAUAAAAAAUCUCAAAGUCAAAAAAAGAGGCAAGAUAGAUAUGACGAGAUGGAAGAAGAAGAUAUGAUAAUUGGAAGAUUAUGGUGA